UAUAUAUAUGAUAGUUAUAUAUACACAUCAGUAUGUAUGUACAAAAUUAUAAGUAAUAUACACGUGUCUUCUUCGACGAUAAAAAAUAGAUAAAUAUUAUUAAAUAUGUUGAUUAAAUACGAUAUGAAAAUUCUAAUAGUAAUAUUUUCCCUCUUUUUCACAAAUGGUUUUGUCAAAACUGCGGAAAUUGACAAUAAGCUUUUAAAAUGUUUAGUUUGUAGAUCAACAGUAAAAGAAAUUGAAGAAGAACUAGCAAAAAUUGAUCCUUCAAGAGAAAUCGAGAUAGGGAAUUAUAGAUUAGAUGCACAAGGAAAUGCUAUUCAUAAGAAGAUUCCACUUGUACAAUCUGAGGUACAUAUAUCUGACAUCCUAGAUAAUAUUUGUGAAAAAAUGUCAGACUACGUAAGAGCAACAUAUAAAUCAAAUGGUCAAUUAACAAUCUUAAAUUUAAUGAGUCCAUCUGGUAGUAUGAAUCCUGAAAUGAGCAAAGUUGAUAUUAUUCAGGAUGGUGAUUUAAAUAAAAGUUUAAAAUAUUAUUGUGAGGGAAUAGUGGAAGAAUUUGAAGACUCUAUGAUUUCACUAUUUGUUCGCAAAGAAAAUGAUAUUAAAAAACAAUUAUGCACAAAUGUUUCAAAGCUAUGUAAUUCUACAGAUCUUAAUGAGGAUGAUGAAGAUAAUGAGAAAAGUGAUAUAAACGAAGAGCAUUAUGAAUUAUAGUAAUGUACAGGAAAAAAUGAGAUACAUUUGUAUCUAUAUAUAUUUUUGAUAUUCAAAAAAUAAAAAACUAAAUAUACUAUUUAUAAUGUAACAUGCCUAAAACAGGAAUAAACUACAAAAAUAUAAAUGUUAAGAUAUAAA